AUGGCCGCACCGAUAACUCAAUGCGAUCAUCGCAGACAACACUGGCCAACGCGGCCUGCAUGCGAUCCCGACAUGGGAUACGAUGACGGCUGGCGGCCUUGUGAACAGGAACCGACGAGGGGUCCGGCCACUGGCACUGCCCCCCAUGGUCCUCGGACGAUAUGUUUAGAGUGCUGGCAACAUACCAUGCAACUACCUCCUCCAGCAGGUUUCGACUUUAGAAACCAUAUCGAGCAUGCAACAAAUGAUCUUGUCUACCAUCCCGUUCCGCAUGGUACCGUGUGGCAAUGGGAUCUGCGUAACAGCGCUGUAGUCCGAGGAUACAACCACAACAUCGAGACAACUCAGACACUGCUCUGCAAGACUUGCACGGAGAAGGAGAUAGCGCGAUGGAGGCUCUGUGAAGCCAAUCAAAAUUACGCGCAUGCAUUCAUUGUAGGUCGGUCUCAAUGGGCCGCCGACGAACAUACAAACACCUGUGUGUGUGUAAAGAAGUACAUCACCCAUCCGUACUACUGUCUCGAUUGCAUGAGGGGAGCUUUGAACGAUCGUCUGUACACAGCCGAUCAAAACAGACUAUGGCUCCAAGACAAGGGUCACUCAGCUGCAGGCCAACGCAGACUCGUUAGCCUGGUUCAUCGUGAUGUUAGAGCAGUCGAAGACUACACUAUACCUUGUCGUUGUGGCCGCGAUGUUAACAGGUAUGCCGUCGCGGCUGCACCUCAAGCCACUUUCUGCCUCGCAUGCAAUGGCACUAAAAUCUGGACGAACAACAUACCUGCAGCACGCUAUCCAGUACGUGCGAGUCAACCACCACUUCCUGAUCCAGCAGCGCCGUAUCCUUUGCGGCUCAACGCUUCCAACGAUCAUAACAAUCUCCCCGCCAAUCUUCAGGAUGGUGCUCCUGAAAUCAUACGCAGUCAGUUCUAA